UAGUGGCAGGGCUGAAGGAUAUCAACAAAUCAAACGGGAUCUAAAAAAAAAGCCUUUCUAGAACACGGUCACGUACGUUGUCGCAUCAUGCAAAAGUCAAAGCGCCAGCGACUUGGACAUCGUGCCCGAACUGUCCUGUACACGUUGGUUGUGUCACUCAGCUACGUCGGUGCGGGCGCGAUGGUAGGCUGGAGUGGCAGCGGUCUACACCACAGCCCCCCGGGCGAGCCGGACCAGCUGACGAACGGGACCAUCUCGCUGAUAGCGAUCCCGGCCGCCGUCCUCACCGUAACGGCCUGCCUCGUCCACCGCUGGUACCGCUGGAUCGGCACCAAGGGCUUCCUGCUGGCGGCCGGACUGCUCGGUGUCUGUUCGGCCACCCUCGAAGCGCUGGCCACCACGUUCUGGUGGGCCAGUGCGUCACGCAUUCUAGCCGGGAUAGCGGCCGGCAUUACGUUCACCCUCGUGCCCGGUUACGUGGCCGAUUUCGAUGGUGACGGCGGUGGCGGCGGCGGCACGGAGCCGAACAGCGGGUUACUGCGGGUGCUGGUGGACGAGCUGGUGGCGGCCGCUUUCCCGCUCGGUGUACUGCUUCGUUUUCUCGUCGUGCUGCUUCCCGUGCCGAGCGGGCUCAACGCUGGCGCCGCCCUGUGCGGGACCGUAUCGGCGCUCGUCUUCUUCCUCACCGGCCUGUUGCUGCCCGAAUCCCCCCGCUACCUGUGCGCCACCGGGCAGGUGGAGCGGGCAGCGGUGGCCCUCGAGCGUACGUACCCGUCGGCGGAUCAGCCAACCGGCCGCCAAUCGAUGGACGGUGUGAUCGCCCGCUGGCAGCUACCGGCCGCACUCGGCCACCGGCCACCCGGACUCCUCGGGGCCGUCGUACGCCAGGGGAAUCUGAUGCUGCUCGUACCACUGCUGGCCCUGUUUGCGUUCCAGGCGUCCGUCGGUGCCGUACCGCUGCUGUUCUACCUGCACGACGUGCUGUACCAGCUCGGUAUCGGUAACGGGGCCGGCGGGCCCUCGGCCGGAACGGUUGCCGCCGGACUGGCCGCCAUCUUUACCUUCACCGGACCGCUGGUUAGCUGGUUGGCCCGGCACCGGCACCGGUCCGGUACGUAUCCCCAUCGGACGCUGCUGCUCGGCACCACGGUGCUGAUGGCACUGACGAUGCUGGCGCUCGGGUGGCACUGUCACGUACGCGGGACCCACUCGCACCUGCCGAACCACUUUGUGGCCGGCCAGCCAUCCGGUUCGAUCGUGGCGCUGGCACUGUUCUACGCCUGUCACGCGAUCGGCUUCCAGCGGGUACCGUGGGCGUUGCUGGAGGCGGAAGUGCAACCGGAUCUGCGGUUCCCGGUGAGGACGCUGGCCACCGUCAUCAGCUGGGCGAUGGUGUACCUGACGGUGCGCCUGUUCCCCAUUCUGCUCCGUACGAUCGGUAUCGGGUGGCUGUUCUGGAAUGUGGCCCUGGUGGCGCUGUUUGCCGUUGCCGUACUCAUUCUAACGUUGCCCCGGGAUCAUUACGCCGGCCACCGGAAGCUGGGCAGUGAUCGGUCGUCCACGGGGUCGUCCAGCACGGCCGGCUACUGUCCACGGCCGUGCGCUCACUGUGCGGUGUGUAGCGUUGGCGUGGUGCCGAGUGUUGUGCUGCCCGUUGCCACCAACCAGCCCGCCGGAGUGUAGUGCCACCACCAUCAGUUCGGCCAACGCAGAGUGCGAAUGUAGUUGUUUUCUCUUCUUUUCUUUUCUUUCCCACCACCGCACGACACGACAGUUGAGCAUCUAAGUGAGUGAGUGAGUGGAGUUUUAUUCCGCCGGGCGUAGCUACGACUAGAACGAACAAAAAACAAAAAAAAAAAAAGAAAAAAAGAAAAAAGAUCGAGAUCGCCUCGACCCUCCAAGCGACAUAAUGAAGAGACCCACAAAACAAUCGCGCCAUCAGCGCCACCAAAGGGGGCGAAGUAAAUGAAUGAACUGUGAUUAGUGGUGGUUGUUGCCGAGUCCGAAGCGAAACCAAUAAUAACCAACCGAAAAGCGCAGCACAAUCACCACCACCACCACCACGGUCGAAUGGCGUACUGGCGUAAUUGUUACAGACUGACCCCAAAGCGAGCAGGACUUGCUGGCGGGGUGCCGGGGUGUGGAAAACAAAACAAAAAAAAAAAAAACAACGAGACGCAGCAAAGACCGAAAAUAGGGCAAGAAGAAAUACCGGUCCCCUCUAUUCUUUGUACACUUUCGUCUCCUCUAUCAUGCUAAUAAAUACGGCGCAGUCCGUAAGAUAUCAGCAAACAAAAAAAGGAUUUUCGGUAUGAAAUCAAUGCUCCAAUACCAAUUUAUAAUCUCUGUGCUGCAAUGGCAGCUUGCCAAGGUGGGCCAGAACUUAAUGGGGAACUUUGUGAAAAGGUAGAGCGAUCUUUUCCAGACAUUCUUCUUUGCACAAACCACCCGUUCAUGGACCUACCCGUGAAGAAAACUUUCGUUUUCCAACCACAACUGCAGAUCGCUUGCACAAAUGAGCAGUUUACGAGCGAUUUUAUCUGCGUAAAUGAACGUAAACCAUCCUAUCCUGUAUCCUUUUUAAAUUGGCUAAAGUCAAAUUUGUCUCCUGGUUUUCUGCCAAAAAAAGGCAGUUUUACGUGGGUUUUCUCUCCAGUCAAAUUGAGUUUGCAUCGGCGAUAACUUUUGAAGGUAAAUGUUCGAUUUUAACGGUUUUUUUUUUCUAUCACUAAAAGAAAAGACUGAGAACUUUCAAAAGACACCAACAGAGUAGCAAAGCGACCACUAGAAGCGCUACAGUGGAAGGGAGAAUGCGGCCAAAUAUUAAGGGGGACUUCGCUAUUUUUAUA